AUGGGCCAAAAAGCAUCCUUGGUUAUCGAAGUCGAGAUCGAUGCUCCAGUUGAGGUCGUCAAAUUACUUUUCAAAGACUUUCCUCGCUUCCCAGAAUGGAGCAGCUGGUCCAUCGAACCAGUAGUCUCAUCCAAAAAGAUCGAUGACUUGAUGCCGAUGGAGAAGAUGAAGGUCGACGUCAAAGAUGCAAAGCUCACAGCCACUCUCCUCAGAAAUGAUCCUGAUGUAUUCGAGUGGGAGGGAGGUUUAUGGCCGCUUGUUACAGGUCGUCAUGAGUUUAGCUGGAGAGCGAGCAGAAAGUCUCCUGGAGGAACGACGUUUACGCAAAGAGAGAAUUGGCACGGUCUCAUUGUGUUUCUUUGGAAGCCGGGUUGGAUUAUAGGAAGAAGUGCGAAGAGAAACUUUGAAGGGUUUAGUGCAGAGGUGAAGAGGGAGGCAGAGAGGAGGGCAGCGGCACUGUAA